AUGGCUUCCGUCACGAUUCUUGGAGCCGGUGUCACGGGUAUGGCUAUUGCUAGUCAGCUUGCCACUCAUCACGAUGUAACGAUUGUGGGGGACAUUCUUCCCGGAGACGCUCUUACCACGGAUUGGGCCUCGCCAUGGGCUGGAGCCUGCUGGGUUGGCGUGCACACGUCGAGUGAAGAAGACAAGAAAACUCAAUUGGACUCUCUUGCAGUUCUCUUGAAGCUUGCCAGGACGUACCCUGAAACGGAAUCAGGCGUCAGGAUAACGAAGAUGACUGAAAUCCUUGAAUACGGUUCUCCGGAGGACAUUUGGUACCGGCACUACGUUCCCAACUUCCGGUUGCUUGAAAAAUCAGAGAUGCCUCCCCGAGCAGUUUUUGGUAUGGAAUACACGACAGUGUGCAUCUCGCCGCCGGUGUUUCUCACAUGGAUGAGAUCUAGACUAGAGGCCAAGGGGGUCCGAUUUGUGCGAGCGCGUAUUACUUCGCUCAGAGAUUUGAAGAUCUUCAAAUCCGAUGUGUUGGUGAACGCCGCUGGGGCACGAGUGCGGGAUCUGACGGAAGUUCGAGACACCUCGCUCGUACCAUAUCGUCUGCAGUCCAUUCUACUGGACAAGACCUGGGAUCAGUGUUACAUUUACCGGGGUCUGGAUGGGUUUUAUUUCAACAUGUUCGGACGACCUGAUAGCGCCACAUAUGUCGGCGGCAUCAAGUUGCUCAACAGCGAAGACCGCACGGUUUAUGCUGCUGACAGACAGACGGUAAGAUUCUAG